AUGUCUGCCGUCUACUUCCAGCUCUUAACCAUCUUCUGCUUCUGCUGCACAGCGCUGACGGACUCAGGUGAGACUCGUCACAGCUAUAAAUACCUAAAACAGAAGAAGAUGGUUUUUAAACGAAGCAAUAUGAAGCUCUGAAGCUUUAUUUAACAGGAAACUCUGCAUGUUUUUGUGGCUGUCUGUGCAGGAAACAAUGGAGUGGUUUUGAGAGAUGUUGGCGGGUCCAUCACCAUCCAGUGCAGGUUCACCAGGUUGGACCAAGAAAGCCUGUCUCUGAGGAAGGGGCUCGAUGAAUUUCAAAUUUUUCACCAUAACACAGUGUCAAGAAAAACCACCACAGCUGGAGGUUUCAAAGAAAGACUUCAGGUUCAUGGAGAUUUCCCAAAUAUGGACAUUUUGAUCAAGAACUUGACCUCUAAUGACACCGGACCGUACUGGUGCAGAUAUGAAAAGAUUGACAUCAGGGCCCCGCAGCCCAUCAAAACUAAAGGUCAAGGGUCUGUGCUCCUGGUGGUGACAGGUGAGCUCGGUCUUUGUUCUGACUCUGAGUGGAGUAUUUGUGCACGCAUGAAGGAACAUUUUAACAUCUUAAACACACUCUCUGCGUUAAAACUACAGAUACAGAUACAACAUGUGAAACAUCCGACAAGAACCUGAUCCUGAUUUCUGUGGUGAUCUCCGCUGUUCUGCUGCUCGGCAUCCUCCUGGCCCUCUUCAUUUGGAUCAUCAAGGUAUGCAUGCGCUGAAGUUUGUGUGUAGGUGUCUCUCUCUGUGUGUCAGUUUUACACUUGUUGAUGAAGAGCUGCGAUGACUCACAAACACUUUAGAAACUCGGGGGAAGUUUCCGUGAAUCUGUUAUUCAAAGCCAAACCUGUGAAAAAAACACGAUACUGUAUAAUUCUUUCAGUUUGAGAGCGUGAGAAUCUAAUCGGUGGAGUUUAUCUCCUCUGUUUGGAGGUGAAGGCUUCAGUAACUGCUUUAUAGAAAUGAUUUAGUCCUCGACUCUUGUCUUAACUUCUCCAAACACUCAAGUUUAACUUUAACUUGAUGAUGUGAAGAAACUGAGAUGAACUUUAUGGAAAACAGCUCCACCGUGAAGGAGGUGUAGUUUCGGGUUUGUACCUUAAAAUUUCCCAAAGACGCAGAUCUUCAUCACCAAGACUGUAGAGUCAAUAAUUCCACAUGUGAAGUUAGAUUUUCCAAAAAAUCAUAAACCACCUCAUUGAAAACUAGUUUGGAGGGUCCAGCCUCGCAGAGACGUUAUUUAGUUCAGUCCUUUUGCAGAUUAGAUUAGAUUAUUUGAAUUGUUUAAUCUGUAAGUAAUGUCCGUUUUUUUAAAGCUCCUGUGAGUGACUUUUGGUUUGCGUCAUUUUGGCGCCUGCAGUGUUCAAACAAAAAUAUCUUCAGACAAAAAUAUCAUCCAGCUGACUUUUGACAGACAAGUUUAUCACUGAUCACGACUUACAGGUUUUUUUAAAGCUCCUCAUCUGACGUCUACCCCCCACACAUGUUUCAGGGAUUAAAAAUACCAAAACAAAAAUCGCACAUCUAAUCGCUGAUGAUCUUGUUUGCUUUUGUAUUUCAGUAAAAAAAAGCACUAACAUAAAUAUCAGUGUAUUUCAUAAAUGUAAGAAAACAUCCUCACAGGAGCUUUAAGUGUUCAGGUGAUGUUGAAAAUGUAUUUUUAAGUGUCUCUUUGUAUCUUAUUCAAACAUUUUAAAAACGGAAUGAAAUCAAUUUACAUUAAUGACAAAUAGAUAAAAUAUAAAAGCAUGCUUAAACUCCAGCUAACAUGUUUGAUAUAUGUGCGUGACAUGAGCGCCAUCUGCUGGUUAGAAUUGAGGGGUGCGGCCCAUGUUGUGUAACACUAACAUAUCUUUGAUUAAGUCGAGUUUUCUGAGUGACAGAGUUUUUUUUUUUUUUUUUACAAAACAAUCAAUCUUGAUAUUGUAUAUAUGUUAACCUCUGCAGCAGAGCAACACAAACUCUCUUUGUUUGUGUGCUGAAGCUUUCUCUUCAACUUCUCAGGACUAUCAGAGAUCAGACGAGGGGGGGACACUUUGGUACGCCACAGUUUCUAAUAUUAAACCAUUGGCAUACCAACAUGACUAACCGCAUGCCAGCACCCUUCCUGUCCUCUCUAUAUCACAGUUUAUAUCAGCACUUCAAUUACAUUACCCAUAGUGCACUAUGUGGCGCUCAAAAUUGGGUUUAUGUUGAUAUUUACUAACUGCACAACAAACGUGCCAAUAAGCUAAAAAAAAUAAGGAGAGAACUAAAUGAAUAAAUGAAAAAAUGUUAAAGCCAAAAGCAGAAGUUCAUCAAACAUGGUAGGAGAGAGUGUUUUUAACCACUCUUUAUCCUGUGCACACAAGAAAAUAACUUCUGCACACAUAAUAAUACUUUUGCAUGCACAAGAUCAAAAUGAUCACUUUUGCAGGACUGUUUACAGAUGAAAGAAAGAGUGCAAAUUAUUAAUCACAUAUAUCACAAGGACAAAAAUCCCUCUGUGCACAUCUGUGUUCAAGAACAUCAGUGUUAACUAUGGAGAAAAUAAGAGGUGUGCUUAAAAUGUCCCUAAUUAUGCUAAAACUUGAGUUGUAUUUCAGAAGAGAAAUGUUUUACUACUCAAACACUAGUAAAAAAAACAGGCAUUUGCGAAAAGUACGAAGCUAAUGUUGAUAAAUGUAUUCUGAAGAGCUCUCAACACCAAAAAUACAAUCAGGAUCGUCAGCAUAAAAUUGACAUCACUCAAUUUUCCAGGUACAAAGGAGACAGUACGAUUAGGAUAGAGUUUAAAUGAGACAGGACCCAGAAGUGAGCCUUGGGGGACACCUUUUAAAAGCAGCAAAACAUUAAACAGGUUUAUUUCUCCUGAUUUUAUUCUCUGAACUCUUUAAAAAAUAAUCCUCAAAGUGUUUACAAGUAAAGAAGUCAAAGUGAAAACAUAUCUAAGGAAGUGUCUGAUAAGAUGAGGUUUUGAAUAUGCUAAAACACAAAACAACAGAUAAACUUUAACCUGAAAAAACAAAACAAACAGGAUUUUGUAAAGAAAAAAACUGCUUUAAGAUGUUGUAACAACCAUGUCUAACUUGUCGGCCACAAUCUGUUUACCAGACCAAGACUCAGUGCAACACAGUGAAACCACAACGCAUCAACAACAACGAUGUUUACGAGGACAUGCGUGGAACAGGCAGACGCUGA